AUGACAACCAACUAUAAUAUUGUCUGGUCCGGUCUCAAAUUAGAUGGAAAGCUUGAUUUCAAUUACUGGGAAAAAUUGAUGUCUAUCCAUUUAAAAGCUCACAGUAUUUGGAACUUCAUUGAACCUGCAGAUGCUAAAAAUGCUAAGGACGCAUGGGACAAAUUGAAAUUAUCGUGCAAAGGAGUAGAAAAAACUCAGAAAACAAAACUGCAAUCGAUGCGCAGAGAAUAUGAACGGUAUGAGAUGUCAAACUCAGAAACCGUUGAACAAUAUUUCUCACUUGCUCAAGAUCUUGUCAAUAAGAUGACGGUGUACGGAGAAGACAUAUCUGAUGGUAAAGUAGUGGAGAAAAUUCUACGUACCAUACCAAUAAAGUUUGACCAUGUGGUGACUACAAUAAUUGAGACCCACGACCUAGACAAAAUGACAGUAGCAGAAUUGCAAGGAAGCAUUGAAAGCCACGUAAGCAGAAUCUUGGAGAAGACAGAAAAAGUCAGUGAAGAGGCUUUGAAAAGCCAGGUGAGUUUCAACAACGUUGUUGAAUCCAGUCAGAGUAUUAAUGAGAGGUCGUGA